GGAUAGGGACAAGCCGGUGGCGCAGCCAAUGACUGGAGCGGCGGCGCGAGCUCUGUCUCCGGGGAGAAGCCGAUGGGCGACGUCAGCGAGCUCGUCUCCGUGCGUUAACCCCUCUGUGUGUUGCGGGGUGGGGAGGCAACUCCGUGAGCUCGUCUUCGUGCGGCUACCGGGGGUUUGCCCCUCAGCUCGCCGCAAACUCUAUUUCCGGGGAGAAGCGGCGUCGGCGACUCCGUGAGGGCGGCCGCCGGCGCAAGCCCAGGUCGAUUUUCGGCGGCUUCGCUCAAGGCCGACGAUUGGGCGCGUGUGGUGGCAGUUCGAGGAGUGGCGACAUCUUCUGGUGGAUUGCUGUGUGUGCUUUGGUCUGAAAGUUUGUGAUUGGAAGGAGCGGCAACAUCUUCAGGUGGAAGGAGUGGCAGUUCAAGGACAUCUUCAGCAGUGGUCUGAAUUGAUUCAGGAAAUACUUUGGCAUGGUACAGUUUGACCAGCCACAUGACCAAAUCAGUUAACCUACUCCCUUUAGUCUGCAUCAAGGAGCUGUGGCGGCAGCUGGGCAGACGAGCAGCAGCAGUAUGGGCAGAGGAGCUCCACCGGCGGGGGAGAAGCAGCAGCAGUAUGGGCAGAGGAGCUCCACCGGCGGGCGCGCGGGCAAGGAAGAAGGAGCAGCACGGGCUCGCGCGGGAGAUUGAGGAGGACAAGCUGGAGAUCGAGGAGGAAGCGCGCGAACUCCUAGUCCACCGGAUCGUGGAGGCAGUUUCCGGCGAAGCCCGUAGGGGAUCGCGACCAGGAGGGAUUGCGGCAGCGCACGCGCGGAGGAUCGCGGCCAGGAGGAAUUGCGGCGGCGCACGCGCGGAGCUCAAGGAGGAUGCGCGUGAGCUCGAGGAGGACGCGCGCGAGCUCGAGAAGGACGUGUCGGGAGGUUCCGGCGACGCCCGUUGGUAAUUGCGGCGGCGCAGGUCUGGGCGACGGCGGCGGAGCAAUACCUGGCGACGAAGGCGGCGGAGCAGGUACUUCGCGAUGGUGGCGGAGCACUUCCUGGUGGGCGGCGAAUCGCGCAGCUGGGCGACGCCGGCUGCUGGCGACGGCGGAGGAGGAAGACUAGGGCGGGGACUUGUUUGAUACGGUUUUGAAACCAUGAGGGUGUUUCUGUAAAAUUGCGAAUGAACUGUGCUCACGACAUGUUUUUCGGGACGGAGGGAGUACUAGUUUUG